AUGGAGAUCACCAAAAAGAAGUGUAAUCACAUACUAGUCAUCGUAGAUGCAUUACCGAAAUACGCUUGGUUGUAUCCGACGCGAAGUACUGGGGUAGAGAAGCUGAUUCUGGUUCGCAAAAUUCGUUGCCGACUGGCAUUGAUCUACCGGGCACUAGGAGACGAAGAUCAAUACAACACCCAUUUUAGACUAGCUAAUCAAACGGAUGCUGCGCUAGGCUUAAAUUGCGGAGCGUGUGGGGAGUUGCUUGGACUUCGUCCAGAAAACUUGGAAGCUCUACCCUGUGCACACAUUCUUCAUGCAAGAUGUGCCUAUGAAAUUUUGCGACGGCGGGAGAAAAAUGCCCCGCGAUCAUGCCCCGCCUGCAACAAACUGAUCAGCUCACGCACACAUCUCUGCGGCAGCGUUCCGGUUGAAAGUGAAAGCACCAACAGAGGCGGCACAGCCGCUUCUACCUUCAAUACGAAUUCUUUGUCGGUCGACGGCCUCCUAGGGAUAAACUCCGACAUCCUUUUACCUUCGGCUGCGUUUUGCUACGUUCAGAAUCCAGCUCUAGAUACCGAAAACAGCGCUCUCCUGUCUCCCAAAGUCAUUUACCACAGCAACUUAUCAUUGGCAUCGCUAAGUAUGCGUGCGUCUAGCCUGACAAUCGAUAGCGGCCAAAAUGUGACGUCAUCUGUGUGAAAGAAACAACUCCACUUUGAGCACCUAAAAGUUGGAAUAUCGUGAUAUCGUGCAAUAUCUGGAACGAUACGGAUUUUAUCGCUUGUUAUUAUAGAUAGAUAGUUUAUCUUUUGAAUUAUAGAUUAUUGCAUUUUAAAUGCUCACAGAAGUUUUUGAUUUAGUUCUAAGCCUGUUGCGAACAUUUGAGACACAAGCAUUUGAACUACUGCUUAUGCUUAGAUCCUAACUUGUUUCUCUACUACAGUACCUUAUCCAAACAAGUACUUGUCACGUAUUGUGUAUUGUCGUAGGCUAAAAUUAGUUCGCAGUUACAUGCUAGAUUGAUCUUACAUUUAGAGUAUGAAUGUGCACACACAAAAGUUGUUUAAAAUAAAUCGUUACUAUGUGUUACUAACACCAAUUAAUACAAAUAAAUUUAGUAAGUCUUCCUAACUGACUUAUACUUGUUGCUCGUUGAGUAAA